AUAAUCUUAUUUACUAUUUAGUAAUUGUCUUUUGUACAGUAUAUAUAAUAUAAAUAUGUUAAUUAUUUAUUAAAAUAUAUAUCUAUAUUUGCAUAAUUUAUGCAAAACAGUUUUUCGUCGGUGAUAAAUGCGGUGAGAGGUCAAUUCCCAGAGUGAUAGAUAAAAGUAAAUGGAAAUUUAUUGAUACUAUCGUUGAUCGAUUUUCAUUGAAAAAUGAUUAUUUGCUCAGGAAAUGCUAUAGACUGGAUAAGAAUUCAAUUCCCGAAGAAUAUGUAUUGUUAGAUAUCGAUAGUAUACUUCCGUUUUAUUCGACUACAAGCAAAGAUUACGAGUUGAUUAGAAAUCAUUGCGUAAUUGAUUGGCUAAAUAUUAAGAAGCAAUUGAACUAUCUUAUCAGUGAAACUAUGUGUUACGCCUUAAGGAAUCAGCUAAUUGAUAAGAAAAAUUCACUGGAAUACUUAUACUAUGACAUCGAACGGCUGGUCGCUUAUAUAAUCUCUGAUAAUCCUAAAAAAGAUGACACUACUCUUGUUUGCAUUAGAAAUAUUACCAAUCUUGAAAAGUUUAGGCAUAAGUUUAAGAAUCAGCCUAUUACAGACUUGACAACGGAUGGACGAGUUUAUCCUGAAAAAUUAGCCGCCUUAAGUAAAGUUAAGAAGAUAAUAAAUGAUAAAUUAAGUGAUGAGAAUAUUAAUAUCAUAAACCUGAAAUACAACGAUCUCUUAACUAUAAAUAGUGAUAAAUAUCUUAAAGAAAUAGGGAGUUUCUUUUACAAAAAAUUGACAAACUGUAUAGAUAAUGCAACUAUUGAUUUAUCUAAUUACAAAGAUUUGUUUAAAAAUGAGGUUGUUUGUCAAGCAAAGAGAGUAUCAUCGUUAUUUUCGGAGUAUUUUAUAGGUAGGGAAAAUACCCUUGAAGAUUUGAAAAUCUUUAUGUUAGACGAUCCUCAAGUUCCAUUAGUAUUAUAUGGAGAAACUGGAAUAGGUAAAAGAAGUAUUUUAAUAGAAAUGUCAAAGAAUAUACGUAAAUGGUUAGGAGAUUCUACAAUAUCAAUUAUAAGAUUAGGAGGAACAAGCGAAAAGACAAGUUCAAUUGGCAAUUUUCUCUUAGAACUAUGUAAUCAUAUAAGAAUUGUAUUGAAAGUGGAUAAUUUCAUAGAUUCAAUAACUCAAAAGAUUAAUACUAGAUUAUAUUUUAAAGAAACCCUUAACCUUGCCGGUAAUCUUUUAAAAUCCGAUCAACAUCUAGUUAUAAUGGUUAGCGAUAUACAUUUAAUUAAAUUAGAGAGAGGAGGUUGGGAUAUUCUGUGGAUACCAAGACUACUACCAUCAAGGGUACAUCUGUUAGUGUCUUGCGAUAUUAAUGCUGAUAAUAAUUGUUUGUAUUCGUUGACACCUCAUCUAUCGUACGAUUGUUUAUAUAGAAUUGAAAGUAUAACUGAUAAUGAUGCUAGUUUACUCAUAGAUGGAUUAUUAAGCAUUAAUAAACGAACUUUGAAUGAAAAACAGAAAGCUAUUAUUCAAAAUUCUUACUCUAUUCAUAAGAAUCUUCUUGCGCUAGUGAUUAAUGUCCAUUUAUCUUUAUCGUGGAAUUCUUGGAAUGAUAUCUAUCAUCUUCCCUUCUCAUCCUGCCUUGAUGAUGUUAUUGAUAGAUGGCUCGAGUUUCUUGAAAGCCAAUUUGGUACUUUAUUUAUUAAUCGGUCGUUAUCAUUUAUUAGUUUAAUGGUCUAUGGUAUAACGGAUACCGAAAUGCUAGAUGCACUAUCCAGUGAUGAUGAACUAAUGAAUUAUAUUUAUACCGAUUACGAUCCAACUUCUUUCGAAUAUGUUAGAUUUCCCGAAAUGCUUUGGUUAAAAUUACGCAAGUCUAUUGAACCAUUCACCAGAGUUGAUAUCUCACACGAUUACGUAGUUAUAUGCUGGCAGUAUAGAGCGAUAAGAGAUAGAAUACUUAUUCGUUAUGAUCUUAAUAAAUUCAAUAUUAAACAUUUAAUAGAAACUUUGAAUUGCGGGAGAAAUGGUCGUCAUAGAGAUUUGCUAUUAACCAAAAGGAAUUUAAAGAUUGAAAAAGCCAAUCGAGGACUAUCCUUUCGGUUUAUAGAACCAAACUCUAUUCGGUUAUUUAAUAUUCUUCCAAGUCUUUUAGCUCAAUUAGACGAUAAUUUUGAGAUGUUAAAGACUAAGGUUAUAUUUCAUUUAGAAUGGUUAUGGUAUAAGCUAAAAUGCUGUGGUAUUCAAUCUAUUCUUGAUGACAUUUAUCUCGCAGAAGACUCACAUCACGACGCUCGUUACCUAAGAGAUUUAAUAUUAAACAUUACUGAUCAAUUAGAAAACGAUCCAGAUUCUCUAGCAACAAUUAUCUUCUAUCAUAUCCCUGAAGCCGGUACAAAUUCUCACCAUUUAACAUCUCUGAGAAAAGAAGCUUCAGAUGUAUUUCAUAAAUUGAAUAUUCCUUUAUUAAAACCAUUGUUACCAAUGACGACUUUAGCUGGUGGCAUCCGUAUCGCGUCGAUAGCGGGAGUGUCUCAUUGUUUGGAGAUUAUCAGUGAAAAGACUAUCUUAAUCUAUGGUUCAGAGCUAGGUUUGGCAUUUUGCGAUUUGACUGAUGGGCAAUUUUUAGGUAAUUUAGGUAAACCAAAGUUGUACGAUGACAUAAAGAUAGUAGGAGGUAUUAUUUAUCACACGAAUGGAAGAAAUCAAGUUUUCUCUUGGCUUCUAGAAACUGGUAGUUUCUUACAGUUAAUCGAAGUCUUUCCAAUAGCUAUGAGAAAGCUCAUAGAUAUAACUAUCAGGGAGAUAGACCAAUUGGAUAGUGUUAUUCAAUUAAUGGCUAUGUCUAAAAAAAGACACGCAGUGAUAAAGAUAAAUGAUGCGAAUGUUUAUGAUCUUAUGUCUAAAAGGGGACUAAUUAUAUUAAGCAUAAGAGAACGUAGAAUUUUAUCGAUACCGCCCAUAGAAGCUUUUGGAAAAACCAUUUGCGAUGUUAAUUAUACUCCAACUUAUAGCGAUAUCCUAAUAAGUUUAUCGCGAGACGGUAGUAAGCCAGCAAGUAUAAUUCUCAUAAAAUUUAGUAUGUUAAGGGAUUAUGACGAAGAUAAUCCUGACAAAUUUAUUCCCAAAUCAUAUAUUCAUACUUUCGCACUUAUCGAAGACAUUAUACCUAAAACUCUAUGUAUAAGAUAUUAUCAAGCUAUCGUUGGCUGUACAAACGAUUGUUUGGCAGUAUUUGAUAUAAGACAAAAGCUAUUCCUACAUCAGCCGUCAAUCGAAGAGAAAAGAUCAGACUGGCAAAUAAGAAUGCUUGAUAUUACAUUUACAAACGUUAUUAAGGUCUGCACGAAUAGCAGAACUUCUGAAGCUUGUCUAAGCAUUUUUGACCCAAUCGAUUCAACUAUUGACAAAAUUUCAAUCCGACUACUUUAUCAAAUACCAACUUCUAUGAAUUUAACAAACAAAUUUGCGCUUAUAGGCUUUCAAAAUGGACAUGUAACUAUUUAUAGUUUAGAAAAUUUGACCAUUUUGCAUGAUUUCUUAGCUCAUUCGGACGGUUCAGUAGCGAAUUGCUUAGCGUCUGUUGAAAAUAGCGUCAUAAUCACUUCCUCAAGUCAAAAUUCAUGUCACGUCUGGCAUUUACCAACACUGCUGGGUUCAGAACAUAAUUGGAUAGUUAGUUUUCCUAAAGUGAAUGCUAGAAAUAAAGUUCGUUUUACCGAAAAGUCAGAAAUGGUGACAGUACAAACGAUUAAAGAUCUUAAAAACGAUAGACAAGUGUACCUUUAUGACAAAUUGUCAAAUUUAAAUAAAAUAAAGAAAACUAUACCAGUAGGGAACCAACUUAAUUUAAUUAAUAAUCAAAGGAAUCAAAGGACAGCCAAAAAAUCUAAAUGGAUUCGAAACGUUGCACCCCGAAUCAUCUUUCCAUGCGAAGAAUAUAGAAAUAGAAUUUCUAUGAUCUUCUUGUCUAAAAAUGAUCAGUUUUUGAUUACUUGCAGGGAAAAUGACUCAGCAAUUGUAUGGAAUUUACUUGAAAAUUAUCCCAUUUUCACUUUGGAACUAGCAGAAGGAUCCAAUUGUAUAAUUACUAUUUUAGAAAUUAUUGAAAACACAAUUAUUGGCCUAGCAAGGCUUAAGAUAAAAUGUUUAGGUCAGACAAACAUUCUAUGCUCGUUAAGUACAGUAAUAAAGAUUAUUGAAAGAUUAACGGGAAAAUGCAUAAUGACAAGGACGGCUUUUAUAACGUCAUCUCCCAGUUAUAUAUUUAUUGAUAAUUCUCUAGAAUGGGGAAUAACUAUUCAAAAGGACAAUGCAUUUGUUUUAUGGCAAUUUCAAUACGAUUUGACAAUACCAGUAUCAAUUUCAAUCUUAUUAGAAACAAUACAAGUUAGGGAUUCGGGUCAUAUGAUCACGGGCACAAAGGAGGGUUGCAUUGUUCAUAUCGAUCUUAACUCACCUAAGGCGGAUGUAAGGAUUUUAGGUUAUCAUACUUCUCAAUUAACUUGCUUAGUCGCAAACAACGAUACUAUAGCGAGCGGAGACUCUUCGGGAACGAUAAAUAUCGCGUAUUUUUGCGAAGAUAGACAUCUUAAAUGUAGUAGUCAUACAGCAAAAAUAAACAGUCUUGCUUUAGCUCAAGAAGGAAAUCUCCUUGUAAGCGGAUCUGAUGAUAAAUAUAUUAAAAUAUGGAAUAGUCUAAUAGGUGAAGAACUGUGGAAAAUUAAAUGCGACUCUGACGUCUUUACAGUCGGUAUAACACAUCACGAAGAUUACGUUGUAACUUUAGUAGGGAAAAUGAUAAAUCGGUCAUUACAUAUUUUCAAAGUAGACUCAACUAUUAAGAAAUCAAUUAAGGAGAAAAUUAUCAUAAAGAAGAAAUAUUCUACAUCUUCCUCUCAAGAUUCGUCAACAACUGAAACGGUAUCUCUUCGCCAAAUACCAUAUCUAUAAAAAGAGAUUUUCAUUUAAGGAAAUUGUAUUUCUCUUUAAUUUUUCAUCUAAAUAUAGUAAAUUUUGAUUAUAGAAGGUAAAUAGUUUGCUCAGAAGCAAGUAUAGGCUGACAUUAGACUACAUGAGAAAUAUGAUCAUGGGAAUGUUAUUACCACUGUACCAAGUCAUAAGAUACGUUAAAU